GUGUCACAUGCAAUUCGCCGCUUUCCCCUGCCAUUUUUUUAAUAUGCGGCCCCCGUCGCUUCAAUCCUCUUCGAUGGAGAUGCCUGCGUUACUUUUCUCCCAUUUUGCAUUCGUUCCAUUAGUUUUCCAUUGGGCGGGACUGGAUGAGACUGCUGUACUUUUUUGCCUCUUCCCGUCACUUCUCCUGACAACAAAGACUUUUCUCCCCCUUCUUUGUCUUACA